AUGUUAGCAUGUCAUUAUGAGUUUCGGCUUCGAUGGUGGUUGCUUUUUGUGGCCAUUAGUUAUUACAACUGUUUUGUUGUUGCUCAAACCACCAUACAACCACUGAAUCUCCAGGUGCUUGUCGGAGGAAAUGCUUCAUUUGUAUGUAACAGUGCAGAGAAUAAAACAUGGUCUUGGUAUCAAGUAGACCGAAAUUUCAACGUUUCAACGAAACUUUGGGAAGAAGGUGCAAAUACUGUACCUGGAUAUGCAGUUUUUGUUGAUGACCAAAGAGGAAAAUGUAGAUUCACAAUAUUAAAUACGACAUUGGACGAUGAUAAAACUCAAUAUUACUGUAAACGUGGAUCUACAUCAAAUAAAGCAACUUUAGAAGUCAUCGAGGGAACGAAGUUGGAUAAAAGCUAUCCACAAUGCGAAGCUGACUUUACGUCAUUAAACACAAAGAAUAAAGUCACGAUGACAUGCAUGACUAAUGGAAGUUAUCCAAGACCAUUGCUACAAUGGUACAGAAACGGAGAAAUAUUAGCAACGCAGGAAGAUAUUGUAAGUAAUAAAAAUGACGAUGUUGCAUAUUUUUAUGAAUUUACACGUGAAAUGACAGAUCAGGAUGAGACAGCAGUCUACACAUGUAGAGCUGAUGGUCCAGCCGUUGAAGGGAACCAGAAUUGUUCCAUAUCAGUGGCAACUCCCCCGACGGUCACCAUCAUUGCUAGCACAACAUAUUUUAAUGCUGGUGAUUCAUUGGAAUUUGCAUGUAUAGUAAUGAGUCCAUGGAAUAUCGUAGAUUACAAGUGGACUGUAAAUAAUCAGUCAUUGACGUCAACAAACGCAAUAUUUAAAAACGAUAAGAGUACAAUUAUUAUAUCACAUUUACAAUCAAAAGAUGCAGGAAAAGAGAUCGGAUGCAACGCAAUUACGUCUUCUGGAUUGAAUGGUAAUGAUUCUGUAAUAAUUUCAUUAUUUGAUAUAGAUCAGAAAAAUAAUAAAUUCCAAUUAAUAACAAUUGUGGUUGGAGGAGUUACAGCCUUGGCACUGUUAUGUGUUACUCUGUUCCUAUUAAUCAGACAAAGGCAGAAACAAAACAGAACUAACAAAACAGCUGUUUUAAGAAAAACUAGCAUUGCACAGGGUGCACCUCUAGAUGGUCAAGAUUUGUGCAUAUCUGAGGAAAACUCUGCUUAUCAUGGUAUCAACACCUCUUUCCCCCUUUCCGAAAACCCUUCGGCAUCCCUUCAUCACUACGAUGGUCACAUUGAUGUAAAUGGUGACCAAGAGAACGUUCCAAGGGGGAGACCAUCCAUUGAUUUUGCAAACAGCGUUAAUACAGCAUCAUUGGGUAGUUCUAAACGCAUUGCUGAUUUGGCGCGUCUUGAAUCAAACCAGAAGCACAUUUCUUAUAAAUACAACCAUACUGCUGACAAAAACAAUCAUGGUUUUGAUGAUGUGUAUGCACAUCCGUUUGCAGAAACACAGAAGUCGGAUGCCAAGUCAAAUGAUGAAACAAAUGAUAAUGGACAUAUAUAUGCCAAACCAAAAAAAGGAGCGCAGAACCAAGAUACACGAUCAUUUGAUGGAAUAGUUGAUUUGGGAGAUUUAUAUGCAAAACCAGUAAAGAAAAAGCAAAACUCAGAUACACAAUCAAUAGAUGGAAUAACUGAUUUUGGAGAUCUAUAUGCAAAGCCUGUCAAACAUAGAAAAUCAAUACAUCAAUCUCUUGAAGACAUUGGGACCCUUAAAAGUGCAACAUCUCCCAACCGAUCAGGAUCGAUUGAUCACCUAUACUCUCAACCUAACAAGAACCAUGCAAGUUCUCAACCUGGACAAACAGAACAUUAUGCUACGCCUCGUAAAGCCUACCAUACUACGACUAACGUGGAUACAAAACCUCUCAUGCCUAUCAUUUCCAAUGACCAGUCUGUGCAGAACAUUUCAAAUAUCAACCAAAAAGACUUCACAUAUUCAAGCAUUGCCUAGUCGUACGCUGU